AUGCCGGUCCGCCGGUCUGCUCGCCUCAGGAGCGUCCAGUCGCCCGAGGAUAUUCCCUCGAAUUCGGACAACCAAAACAAUGUAAACAAAGACAACAAAUCCCAGAAAAAUCUCGAUACCGUGGUCGAACACGAGGAACCAACUGUCAACCCUCGCCCAAACACCCAAUCCACCCCCACAGCAAAAGUGGCACACACGCCCAAAUCCUCGCACUCCCAACGAAAGUCGCCAGCAAAAACACCAACCACUUCUCUCACUCGUCCAGCCCAUUUCGAGAUGCAUCCUAGCAAAGUACAGCAAAGCACCACAAAACAAGCCGACUCCGGCUUGAUCCUCGGCUUCAACCCUGUCAAGAAGGAUGCCCAAGGUAAUGUGGUGAAGGACCCCGCGCAGAACACACCAAGCAAAACCACUACCUCUCCCGAAUCGAAUUUUUAUGGCACGCCUGCUCUCGAUUUCAAAUUCUCUUCACAAGAGUCACAGCUCAGCGAUGCGGCCAAGAAGCUCAUGGAGAGCGUACGCCAGGACGUAGCACGAAACAAAGCCAACAUGGUUCGCGAGAACCCCUCCAGUAUUACAGCAGGACCUUCCCAGAAUGUUGAGCGCAAAAUUGCGAAACCAACGGGAAAGGCUAACCGGUUCUCGGAUGUCCACAUGGCCCAGUUCAAAAGGAUGGAUUCCAUCGCUGGCCACGCCUCCGCAUUCCGUGCUACGCCCGGGCGCUUCCAGCCCGUUCAGAAAUCCCUCAAGAGAACCAACUCCAAAGCCCGCUUGGACGAACCGGAGAGCAAAGGCUCUCCAGCGAGGACCACACCGAAGGCGUCUACUCCCACUACACCGUCUGCAAAGCGUGUGAAGCAAGAUAAGCCCGAGACAACGCCCCAGAACCGCCAGACCAACCCGAAGUCGGCGAUCGCGCGCCCAAAGGCUAGCGUUCGAAGCUCCCUGCUUACACCAACGCGAUCCUCAAUGGCUCGCGCGUCUACCAGCUUGAAGCCGCCUCGUACUACUAUGAUCCCUUCGCUCUCGCGCUCCCCUCUUUCCAAACCCGCCGAUGCUCCCAGCACGCCGCGCACCGAAUUCAACCCACGCUUCAAGAGCAACAUUCCCACACUGAGUAGCCUAAAGUCUAUUCUCCGCCGCCAUCAGCCGCUGUUCUCCAAGGACCCGAGUAAGAUUGCUGCCGGAACUCAUCAGACCGCCCCGGAUUUCACACCUGAGCUUUUGCUUCGACCCUCGCGCGAAAGCUCACAUGAGCCAACAGCGGCAACCCCUUCUCCUAAGAAACGGGUGGGAUUCACGCCUUGCACCAAGCCUCGACCAACCGAAGAAGUGAUCUCCCCGUCACCUUCGAAAAUCCCUACCACCAUCACAUAUCCUUCGACGUCCGAUGUCGUCUACCCCACUCUCCCUACAUUGACACCCGACCGCGGCAGUGCUCAGAACUCGGCUACAAUUCGCACAGUCCGCCCCUCUGAUGCCCCUGUGGAGGCGACUCUGCCUGAGAUUCCUGGAAUGCCUCACGGUAUCAGCCACAAGAAGAGACAUCGGGCGGCUGAAGACGACGCUGACCGCGAAAACGUGCCUCCGAAUGGAGACCAUUCGCAAGAGCGGAGUUUGAAACGCGUUAAAGUGAGCACGCCCGAGCCAUCAAAGCUACCUGCCUCCAGCCCACUCAAGUCUCGUUCGCACACUCCCUCGCGUCUCGGUCCGGGAUCCGCUCGCAAGGGAACCCCGGCAAGUGCACGCCCUAGAAACCGCAUGCUCAGCAUGAGCCGGCUGAACAUGCUGUCUCAGCCCAAGCAUCGGUCCUAG